UUUUUUCAAAUCUAACACCACUCUUUCUUUCCUUCUCUAUCAAAAAUUAGGGUUUCUCAGGGAUUUAGGGCUUUUCCAGACUUCGAAUGCCGCCGAGGUCCGCCAAGCGCGAACGGAGCGCCGCCCAAGGCCGCGCCGUCGACGAGGCCGAGCGGCUCCGGGCCGUGAAGCCCGAGCGGUUCAACGCCGAGCAGGGUGAAAAUGACUCCACCGACCAGGACGCCGGUCAACGGCGAGCUCUCCGAUCUGGCUACAACGAGAUUCUCAACCUCAUUAGCGAGAAGAGAAAUGAGUUGCUGAGGCCGGAGUCGGAGAAGUUCGGCGUCAUCAUCGGUAGAGUUGAGAAGUUACAUGAGCUUGUUCAGAAGCCAAGAGAGCAAGUGGCAGAUGCGGAAGCAUUGUUGGAUAUAACUAAUACAUUGGUGACCUCUGUGAAGUCACAGUCCAGUGCCGGCAUUACGCCGUCAGAUUUCAUUACCUGUAUGAUUCGAGAUUUUGGGCAGUUGAGGGAUGGGAAUGCCUCGAUUCGGUGGAAAGACAUUGGGCUUGGUGUGGCGCCAAUUUUCAAGAGGGCUCAUGGGUGCUAUACAAUGCUUGGACCCAUGAACACUGAGUAUAAGGAAAGGAAGGUAGCUGUUCGUACUAGACGAACAAAACCUACUACAACUAAUGAGCCUGAGGAGAUUGAUGCACAGGAAGAAGAAAAAACUGAUACGGAUAGGAAUAUGUCAACUAUGUUUGAGAUUUUAAGAAGGAAGAAACGUGUGCGACUGGAAUGUUUGAUAUUAAACAGAAUGUUUUUUGCCCAGACAGUUGAGAAUCUAUUUGCUCUUUCAUUCCUUGUUAAAGAUGGCCGGGCUGAAAUCAUAGUUGAUGUGAAUCGUUGUCAUUUUGUUGCACCGAGGAAUGCUGCCAAGGCCACUGAAGUGGCAUCUCGUGAGGUGGUUUAUAGGCACUUCGUAUUCCGAUUUGACUUCAAGGACUGGAAGUUAAUGAAGGAUACGGUGCCUGAUGGUGAGGAAUUAAUGCCGCAUAGAGUCCCUGCCAACUCCGAACCUGCCUCCCAGGAGGAACCAGCCACGUACAGUUCCCAAGGCCAUACAACUCCAAUUAGGAAGCUUUCCAGAAAUCGUGGCCGGAUUGUUCAGGAAGAAGCUAUUGUAGAAGAAUCCCCUGAAAAUGAUACCGGUCAUGCUGGAGGCACAUUUCGCAGGUCUAAGCGGAAGCUUUAGUUAGUUUUGAGAUUGUGAUGCUCCUGCUGUAUUUAUUGAGUAAUCACCAUGUGUUCAGGUUAAUUUUUGCUUGUAUAUAGGUUUAGGUAGAUAGCUUCUCUACCUAGAAUAGAUUCCGUCUUUCAUCAGCUUGGUUUUGACACUAUUCUGAUCAUCUUGGAGUUUGACUCGUGCCAUUAGCAUUCUAUUCCCUAUUAAACCCUCUUUCUGUAACUAACCAACAC